AUGAAGGAACUUAAGCACGUUCAUGCACAGAUGAUUACAUGUGGACUUGAAACCAAUAGCUUUGCCAUCAGCAGAAUCUUGGCUUUCUGUUCAGACCCAUUUCACGGAAGCCUGUCUUAUGGGUACAAAAUCUUUGAACAGAUUCAAAACCCCACAAUCUGCAUAUGCAACACAAUGAUCAAAGCUUGUUUACUCAAAGAUGAAUACAUUAAAUCGAUUCAGAUAUUCAAAGACAUGUUGAGAAAUGGCAUUUGUCCUGAUAAUUACACACUUCCUUAUGUGCUAAAAACAUGUGCAAAGAUGAAAAGAUUGGAUCUUGGGGAAUUGAUUCAUGGGUAUUGCUUGAAAUUGGGUUUCUUGUUUGAUAAUUAUGUGGGCAAUACUUUGAUUCUCAUGUACUCUGGUUUUGAUGACAUGGAAGCAGCAAAAUGUGUGUUUGAUGAGUUUUCUUGGCAUUGCGUUGUUUCAUGGACAGUUUUGAUUUCUGGGUAUGCUAAAAUUGGGGAUGUUUACACAGCAAGAUUGGUUUUUGAUGAAGCUCCAUUGAAGGAUAGAGGGAUUUGGGGUGCAAUGAUUUCAGGUGCACCCUCUGAAGCAGCAAUAGCUUGGAGGGCAUUACUUAGUGCCUGCUGUAGACAAGGACAAAUCAAUGAAGCAGAAAUGCUGGAAAAUAUGAUGAAGCGAGGAGGUCAAAUCAAUGAAGCAGAAGUUGCUGCCAAGAGAAUUGUGCAGUUAGAACGCCACAGUGGAGCCUAUAUUCUGCUCUCGAAUGUAUACUCAGAUGCUGGAAAAUAUGAUGAAGCGAGGAGGAUUAGGAAGGCAAUGAAAAGUCGAGGGGUCGAGAAGACUCCAGGCUGCAGCUCAGUUGAGAUUAAUGGUGUUGUGCAUGAGUUUAUUGCUGGGGAGAAGACACAUCUCCAGAUGGAUAAAGUAUAUGAACUUCUUCAAAUCAUCAACAAACACUUGGACUUUUCGCAAAGUAAUUCAAGUUUGCUGCCUUUACAAACAGGAGGAAUAAGAUCUCUUCCAAAUUGA